CACUGAAAUUAGAAGAAGAAACUGCAGCGGAUGUGUCACUUCCUGUCGUACUUGCGUGCUUGUUUCGAUGUGUUUUGUUUGAGAAGAACGGCUAUUUUUAUUAUCCGUGGACAUUGCAAUGUUCUUGUACAUCAUCGAAAUGAUUUUUAAUUUCGUGGAAUGCCCGAGCACUGGACACGAAAUUGAAGAACAUGUUAUAGUCUGUUCUUUUUGAAAGUGACUCUGGAGUGAAGUGGUCAGUGAAAGGUAACUAACGGCAGGGGCAUGGACCACGCCCAGCGGGAGAAGCUGUCGGAGUUGGUCGAGGAGUUGACCACUUCUGGGGAGCCAAAAUUGAACCAAGACAAAAUGAAGGAGGUGAAAAAGAUUUGCAAGGUGUCAAACGACUACAUCGAGCAUGUCUAUCACCUGAUCAUGAUGCAGCUGGCCCAGGAGCAUGCCGAGAUCCGCCUCUCAGCCCUGCAGAUCACCGAUGAGCUGUUCUCGCGCUCGCACCUCUUCCGCACGCUGCUGGUGUCCAACCUGCAAGAGUUCCUGGAGCUGACGGUGGAGACGGACGCCGAGCAGCCUCUCCCGCCACCCCAAGAUGUGGCCCGAAAACUCAAGACCCUGGCCAUUCACACCAUUCAGGCCUGGCAAGACGCCUAUGGCCAGGCCUACAAGAAGCUGGCCCUGGGCUACCACUUCCUCAAACAGGUCAAAAAGGUGGACUUCAAUGACAUUCAUGCCAGAACACAGGCAGAAAGGAGAAGACUGGAAGAGAAGCAGAAGAGACUGGAAAGGAUUUAUAAAGAUAAAGUGACAAAGGCGAUCCAGGAGAUGGAAGAGGCCAUACCCGACAUUGAGGAGUGCUUGACGGAGGUAGAGAACUGCAUUCAGCUCCUAACGCCCCACCCGGGAGACUUCAACCUUGGCAGUCUGGAACCAACAGCUGCCUCUCCAUCACCAGCCUCCAUGCCCCCAGGGCAUCACAAGGAGCCCCUGGUCUCCACUGUUGAUGAUGAGAGGCCUUGUUGCAGUAAAGACCUGGAGGAUAAGGGAGCAGAGGAGUUAAAGGAGGUGACAAAAAAGGAGGAAGAAGAGAGCAGUGAAGAGGAGUCAGAGAUGGAGGAGGUUCCAGAGCAAGACGCUUUUAUUCGAAACACAGGUUUGAUGUCACGCACGUACAGCCUGGCCCUGGACAUUUCAACAGACGUUAGUGUGAAGGAAACAGAGGACAAUGAGGCCGUGGUCAACGCCAUGCGUGACCUGCACUGCCUCAUCAGCACAAAGCAUCUGCCUGCAGUCCAAUCCUGGGUUAAGCUGUUUACCAAGGCUGGAGGGAAUGAGGUGCCCCUCAGACGUGCACUGGACUUGAAGAAGGGCCUAGUGAAGGCUUUGCAGAAGCACAAGGAGCUGCACAUCGAGUACAGGAGGAGAGAGCGCCGAGUGGUAAAAGCGGGCACGUGUGAUGUGGAAGAGGAAGACGACGAUGAUGACUUCGAGGAGGUCCCGGAGAAGGAAGGCCUUGAACUGCACAUUCCGGACCACCUCCGCGCAGAGUAUGGUCUUGAGCCGGCCUCCGCUUCCACCUCUUCAUUGAAGUUGGCAAAGCCAGUGCCAGCCCCCCAGCCCCUUCCACUACCAAAGAGGUGUAGCUAUGCGGAAGAGCAGGACCCCACGUGUGCAGCUGCCACACUGCUUGUCCUCAAGCAGAAGCUGGCCUCUGCAUCGCCUGCCAGCACUUCAGGGGGCUGUGUGGAGCCAAAGGACAAGGAAGAACACAGCCAAGACAAAGCAAAAGCCCCUGUCGUCCCUUUUGGCAUAGACCUCUAUUAUUGGGGUCAGGAGCAACCCACUGCGGGCAAAAUGAUUAGGUUCAGCUCUCAGCACCAAUUCUGGGUUCCACAUGAGGUAGAGGAAGAAGUAGAGAACAAAGAACUCUCUGCGCAGAUGAAGUCCAGGUAUAUCACCUUUGCUGGGAACUUUGAGCCGAUCACGCAUGAAUGCAGGGCUCCCAUGCCCAAUGGCACUCUCUGCAAACGGCAAGACCGGGUUAAGUGUCCUUUCCAUGGGGUGAUUAUCCCAAGGGAUGAUAUGGGUAACCCCACAAACCCUGAUGAUGCAGCUCGGCUGGAGAAGGAGAGGAUGAAGCUUCAGGAAGAUCAGCCAGACUGGAGGGAUCCAGAGCUUAUGCGAGAAAUUGAGGCCGCCACAGGGGAGGAUCUGGGGUCCUCCAAGACAUUUGGGAAGGGCAAGAAUGGUUCCAAGGGCAAGGGCAAGAAGUACUCCAACCUGACAGACCUGAAGCAGAGCACCAACACGGCACGCUCCAGGUUGGAGAGGAAAGUCUUCAACAAAAGUGCCAUGAGAAGAGUAACAGAGGCUAUGAAACGAGUGGACAGAAGGAAGCAUGAAAAAUUUGCAAACCAGUUUAACUAUGCAUUGAAUUGACACCUUUUAGACCAUCGGGAUACAGACCAUUCAACUGGGAAUGAUAUGGCAACAGUUGUACUUGUACCUUCUGGCAAUACUGUGCAGACUUUAUUUUAUGUCCCACAUCUUUAUUGUGUACCAGUACUGAAAAUCAGGGACCGUAGACGUGGCUUUGAUGUUGUUGUGUUUUAUCACAUUAGUGUUUUGUGUCAGUGGAAAAAAAAAAAAAAAAAAAAAAAAAAUAUAUAUAUAUAUAUAUAUAUAUAUAUGCUUUCAAAAAACAAAUUCCUUUUUAUUUUACUUGUCUUAUACUCCUGAUCAUUUUGGAUUUUUGUAUUUUGUCAUACAAAAACUAUUUAAAAUAAAAACACUAAUUAUUAAUGCUAAAAUUAAAUUAAGUGUUUCUCUGCAGUGUUGUUUGUAGUUUGAGGUUACAGUCUCCUUUAGAAGAUUUCCUUCACUUGUGCCUGCAAAAAUAUAUAAACCCCACACUGGAGUCUGAAAUAUAAAUGAUAUAAAUGAGUCAGAUAUAUAUAAAUAUUUAAUGAAACACUGUGUUAUGAAGCGGUAAUACAUCCAGGACAACAAGGCACACAUGCCUCAAGACCCCUACAUUUUAUUCGUAAUCUGGAAAUAUUUGAGGUGGAAAAAGUAGUAUAGCCAUUUAAAUCCCUAGUCUUUAUUGGUACAAACCUUCAGAGGGUCCAUUCAUGAAUACAGGUCACAGGAUGUCACAGCUUCAUAUUCCUUACUGUGGAGAGUUUUCAGUCUUUGUGUCCUGUAGAUUGUGAGCCCACAGUGCUAACAACCAGAACUCUUAUCUGCCUCAGUUCUCUGGCUCCUAUGUGCAUGUGGCACAUUGUUAGUAAUAAGCGCAGCACCCUGCCCCACAGCUCCCUGCUGUGACCCAGCCCACUCCAUACCCGACCCCUCUGCAUAGUCCGCUGUCCUUGAAGAACACCAGCUCCACUCAGUUUACACACCAUUUGGAUAGAAUCAGGAGUUUCCCCUUUUCCCCACUUAGGACAGUAUACAGUAGCAGUGGAAGCAAAUAAAACGUAAUUGCUGGCACACAGUAGGGCCCCUCUGUGGACACUGAAUUGGGGAAAAAAGCCAUUGAAAGGCCAUCUCUACAUCUGUCCACUGCCUGACAUAAACAGCACACAACCUCCAGCAAGGAGUUUCACCAUCAAUUCAGUCACCGCUGUUAAAAAUCUCUGACCUCUCAGGAUGAUUCACGAAGGAUUUAACUCCUGACGCCACUGCUUCACACUCUUUAUGGCUCCGGUUCUGCUGCAGAGCCACAUGGCAACCGAUCUGUUAUGUUACACAGUUCAUGGUCCUGAACGUGGAUCCAGGUGGAUAUAUAAGUACUGCAAGUGGAGGCGUGCGUUCCAAUUACUUAUUUUUUAACCUCAUUGUUUCCCUUCCUUGCGUCUUUUCCUAGUAUGGAAGGUCAAACUGGUCAGAAAUAGACGCUACUUUAUAGUCAGCCGUAUAUGGAAAAAUAAUGCACACCUCGCUGCCAAUCAGAAUUGAGUAUUCAGCCGGGCUGUUGUAUUCUGGUUUUGAUAGAUAGAUAGAUAGAAACUUUAUUGAUCCUGUAGGUUUCCAGUGAGUACAGCACCAUAAGUUAAAAAGUCACACAUCAAACAUAGAGAUAGUAACGAUAUAUACAUAAAAUAAAAGAAAAAAGAAAAUAAAUAAAGAAUAAAGUAGCAGCGAUUAUAUAAAAUAGCAGCGGUUGUGUCAGUUUAAUUAAUUAACUAGU